AUCAAACAAAUCCAAGCGCUUAGGACGGUCCAGUUGGCCCAUGAGGAUAAAAACACACAAAAGAGUGAAUGACAAGAGUCAGCACUAAUAAGAUGGCAAAAGAGACACCUUUUUAUAGUACUUUUUAAGGUCAAAAUGUCUUUGUUAUAUGACAUUAAGUCUUUGCUUUUGUGGAAAUCCAAUAAUUCACAUAAGAAAGAGCAACACGGGUUUCCAGCAAUCUUGAAAAAAUAUAGGUUUAAAUUAUUUUAUUUUUGUUUAUGCUUAAUAGUUACCCAGUGCUUAAUGGUAGUUUUUAAAUCCCUACAACAUCUCUUCAACAGUCAUAUUUGUUGAUUGGCCAUAGGGUUCUACUUAAAUGCAUUACAUGGUUAGAGGCGGAGCUAAAUGGCAUGUUCAGGCUCUCAUUCAUUCAAGCAUCAAUGAGCAAACAUUCUGGCAUUUGGUGGCUUUUCUGGAAAGCAGUCUCCUGUAGGCUGCUGUGCAGGCCCCCCGCAGCUGAUCAUAUUAUUUCAGCAGUGUGUUGCACUCACCUUCAGUGUGUGCUCCACUAUGGACCGCAAAAGGGAUGACUGGAACAGGACAAGAAGGGAGAGGAAGAACCACAUGCCAGAGAAUGAUGGAUGACAGGAGUACUGUGCUGCACAUCCUCGAGGAUCCUCAAAUGAGGAGGGAAGGGGAGAGGAUUCGAACUUUUCACAACUGGCCAGCAGAUGCUCCUGUAACAUCUGGAGAGCUGGCCAAGGCAGGCUUCUUCUUCCUUGGUUCUGGGGAUAAAGUCCAAUGUUUCUGCUGUGGAGGGAUUUUAAGAUGUUGGGUGCACGGGGACAGCCCAGCCAUCGAGCACCAGAGGCAUUUCCCCACUUGUCAUUUUAUCCUGGGUCGAGCUGUAGGAAAUAUUCCACUUCAAACGGGAUCCUCCGAUUCUGUAGAUGGACAGCUGUUGAGUCAGCUCCAGAGGAUGACUAUGGACGACCAGGGGACAGCUGGACAAGCUGUUUACCCAGAGAUGGACACGGAAGAAUCCCGGCUUACUACUUUCCACAACUGGCCCACCGAGGCCUCAGUCCAGCCAGAUGUCCUUGUCAGAGCCGGAUUUUUCUAUACAGGUCAUGGUGACAACGUCAAGUGCUUCUACUGUGAUGGGGGGCUGAGGAACUGGGAGCCGGGAGACGACCCCUGGCAGGAACAUGCCAAGUGGUUUCCACGAUGUGAGUUUUUAAUCCAGUCGAGAGGGCAGGACUAUAUCAGCAACAUCCAGGAUGCUCACUUCCACCUGGGUGAGACUGUGGGUGGAUCCCAGAGCUCCAUGGGUAGAGAUGUUGGAUCAAGAAAUGAUAUGGUCGGAGGUCUGGCAACCUCCUCUGCCAUGCUGUCUCCUGUGGUGCAGACAGUGCUGCAGAUGGGCUUUGAAGCCAGCCUGGUGGAGAGUUUGGUCCAGACCAAGUACCUUCUGACCGGCCAGCACUACACCUCUGUGUCUAACCUGGUCACUGAUGUGCUGCAGGCAGAGCAGGAGGAAAGAGAGAGGGGGCAACAGAGCAGAGAGCCUGAGACAAGGCAGGGUACAAGUGCAGGAAAUGCGAGGACACAAACCCCCAUCAGAGAAAGAGUAAAGGACCCGAGUCCAGAGGAGCUGCUCAGGCAGCUGCAAGAAGAGAGGACGUGUAAGGUAUGCAUGGACAAACUGGUGUCCAUCGUCUUCAUCCCCUGUGGACAUCUGGUGGUGUGUGGAGACUGUGCUGCUAGCCUGCGUCACUGCCCCAUCUGCAGAGCUGUGAUCAGAGGCAGUGUGCGAGCGUUCAUGUCCUGAGGCUGACGUGAGAAGAAACUGACAGACAGUUGUUGAAGGAGUGACAUUACG